AAGAAAAAACUACAGAAAUUUAUUAAAACUUUUUGUCACAAUUUUAAAUAUUUUGCAAAAUUAAUCAAAAUGAAUAAAAAUCUAUUUGAUGAUAGUGAUGAUAAUAUAGAAGAGCAUAAUUUUCAUAUUAAAACAAAUGAAAAUUAUGCCAGUAGUUACAAUACUUUAAGGAAAAAGGAAUUGUUGCAGAAAUAUAAAGAUAAAGGAUUGGAUGUUUCAGAAUCCGAUUCUAAUGAUUCUGAUUCCUCUGAGGAAGAUGAGGUCUUGGAUCCAUCAUUUGAUCAACAUUUUUUAAAGACGUUAGCUUCAUUAAAAAGUAAGGAUCCAGCUAUCUAUGAUAAGUCUACCAAAUUCUUUAAAAACGUGGAAACUGACGAUGAUUCCGACGGAGAAGAUGAAAAGAGUAAUACAAACAAGGAAAAGAAAUCCAAGCCAGUGACUUUGAAGGAUUACGAAAGAAAGAUUAUUUUAGAAAAGGGCGGUAAAUUUGUAGAUGAUUCUGAUGAAGAUGAUGUGGAAGAUCAAAGCUUUCAACGUCCUCUAUCACCCUCUUUGGUCGAAGAAGAACGUCGUUUAAAAGCAGAAUUCAAAAACGUCAUGAAUCAAGAUGAUGAUUCGGGUGAUGAAGAAUUUGGUGGAAUAUUUAAGAAACGUGAAAAAACUAAAGCUGAGAAGGACAGAGAAGAGGAAGAUUACCUAAAAUGGUUGGCUGGCAAAAAGGAAAACAUUGAAGAGGAUGUUAAAGAAAAAUUGGAACCUUUGAAAAAAUACUGGAACAAUGAUAAAUUACCUUCUAGUGAAAAGUUUCUAAGGGAUUAUGUUCUCAACAAAGGUUAUACAGAGGCAAACAACUAUGAUGAAAUUCCGACAUAUGAAGAAAUUGUAGGCGAUGCACCCUUAUCUGAAGAUGAAGAAGAGUUGGAAAAACAAGCAGAAUUUGAACAGAAAUAUAAUUUUCGCUAUGAAGAACCGGAUCAAGAAUUCAUUAAGAGAUAUCCGCGUACAAUCGAAAGUUCGUUAAGAUUGACAGACGAAAAACGUAAAUUGAAGAGGCAAGAGACUAAAGAACGUAAACUUCAAGAAAAGGAACAAAAAAUGAAGGAAUUGGAAAUGGUAAAAGAAAUGAAACGAAAAGAAAUUCAAGAAAAAAUUGAAAAGCUAAAAAUGGUCACCGGCAAUGAUGAGUUGGGUUUUAAAGAUGAUGAUUUGGAUGAAGACUUUGAUCCCGAGGCUCACGAUCGAAGAAUGCAAGAACUUUUCAAUGACGACUACUAUGAGGUGGACGAGGGAGAAGAGAAACCCGAAUGUCCCUCAGACAUAGACGAAUUGAAAGUAGAAGAUUGGGAUAAUUAUGAUCCUAAUGACGAUGGAGGGGCAUAUGAUUAUGAUGACAAUGAUCGUCAUUGUGAAGAUGAAGAUUUCAAUAUGGAUUGCGAGUAUGAUGCGACCAAAGCAAAAGAAGAAUUGCAAAAGGAACUCAUCGAGAAUACGAAAAAACGUAGAGGUGGUCGCAAGGGUAGAAGAGAUCGAUUUAUGGAAAUAAUUAAAGCUGACAAGCCUGUAUUUGAUCCAGAGGAUGAGCAGACAUAUGGUGAUUAUAUUGAUGAAUACUAUCAGCUAGAUUGUGAGGAUAUAAUUGGUGAUACCCCGUGUCGCUUUAAGUAUGUAGAAACGGCACCAAAUGACUUUGGUUUAACUAUUGAAGAGAUUCUUUUAGCCAAAAAUAAGGAGCUUAAUCAAUGGGCCAGUCUUAAAAAAGCCAUACAAAUACGACCCGAUCAGGUGGAGAAAAAAGAGCAAAGACUUUAUAAACUUAAAGCUAAAAAUGAAGAUUUAAAGCGUAAAAUAUUUAAAAGUCUAUAUGGAGAUGGGUCUGAUGAUGAAAAUGAGGAAACAGAAAAAGACCAAACAAAUGAACAAAAUUCUACCAAUCCAGAUACAAGUGCCACAACUGAAAAUACUACCGCUAACAUAGUGCCUGGAGAAUCUAAAAAAGCCAAGAAACGUAGAAAGCGUAAAGCACAAAAUGCCCAAGCAGGAACAGAUAAUAGUGCUGCCGAAGAAAAGCAAACAAAUGACAGUAACAAUGCAGAAAAUAAAGAAACUGGUGAAGCAACGGCUGCCAAGAAAGCUAAAAUAGACCAAGUAGCAACAACCGAUGGGUCAGCUAAUAGCAAAAUGACAACUGAUACGCAAACGGAUUUAGGUAAAACGAAUAAACAGAAAAAUCACUCGCAAAAUGUUACUGCCAAUAAAGGAAAUAAAUUCUCAAAUAAUGACAACAAAAAUCCAUUUAAUAAAGGCGUUUCCCAUAAACAAACAAAAAAUACCGGCAAUAAAAUGUUCAACAAAAAUAAUCAUGCACAACAAACAAAUAAUUCUCCAGGAGGUAGUAAAACUGCAUCCAACAAUAAUCCGUUUGCUAAAGGUUCUACAGAAGAUGGUGUUGGCUCCUUGCCUCCGUUGCGAAAGAAUAUUGCCAAAACAAAAAAUGUUAAAGGUAAUUUCAAAUCGAAAGAUAAUAAAUUCAAAUCUAAAUUCCAAGGCAAGAAGCCGUUCAAUGGAAAACAAACUUCUAAAGGAGAUGGUAAAGACAUAAGUGAUGACCGCCUAAAGGCUUAUGGUAUUAAUCCACGAAAAUUCCAUAAACAACAAAAGUAUGGAAAUAAAUCAUAAAAACUAUACUUUUAACUAUAGAAUUAUAAUUAUGUAUGUGUUAGAGAUAUUUUUUAAAAAAUAUUUAUGUAAAUAUUUUAAUAAAUUUAUUAAAGUUGUAAUUUCUUUUGACUAAUUUUGAAAA